AUGAACCUGCUGUUCGUGCUAACGGUGACUAGUUUUGCGCUGCUCAGUGCCAACGGCGCCAGGAUUUUAUCGCUUUUCCCGCACCAGGCGAAGAGUCAUUACGUAGUGUUCGAGCCGUUGCUGAAGAAGCUCUCAGAGAAGGGUCACCAGGUCGUGUCGGUGACGCAUUUUCCUCAGAAGAAGCCCUUAGCAAAUUUUACGGACGUGAAUAUAACCAACAGCCUGCCUAGCUUGGUAGGCACCAAGGUGUUCAUGUCCGCAGCUAGGAUAUCCAAAUGGGCCAGACUGAAGGGGCUGCUGAACUUCGGUGUGCCGACGUGUGAUCCUGUCCUGAACCAUCCGGCACUGAAGAAGAUUCUACAGUCCAAGGAGAAAUUCGACGUGUUCAUCGUCGAGCUGUUUGCCAGCGAUUGCUUCCUCGGUAUCGCUCACGCGUUGGAUAUACCCAUUGUCAUUGGAGCGAUCAGUUCUGUCAAUCUGCCGUGGUCGAACGAUAUCCUGAGGAAUCCUGAGAACCCUAGUUAUGUGCCCAAUUGGUUCAGCGAUAGGACUGAUCAAAUGGAUUUAUUUGAGAGAUCUGUCAACUUCUUGGAUUUCUUCUUCAACAGACUUGCCUUCAGGUAUCUAUCAGACAAGCCAAGUCACGAAGUGGCGAAAAUCCAUUUCGGUGUCGACCUUCCCGACUUCGACGCUAUACGAUCAAGGAUAUCUCUGAUUCUAACGAACGCUCAUCCAGCUGUCAGCACGCCCAGGCCCCUGGCGGCAGGUCUGAAGCAGCUAGGUGGUAUCCAUAUACCGUCAUCAGGUCCAGCGGCAUUGCCGAAAGAUCUUGAGGAUUUUCUUGACUCGCAGGGCAAGAACGGCGUUAUUUACUUUAGCCUGGGAUCGCAAAUAGACCCGUCCACCAUGCCGAAGCAGGCGCUAGCAGCUUUUUACAGAGCAUUCGAGCAAGUACCGCAGCAAAUACUGUGGAAGUGCUCCGGAGGGAAAAUGCCCACGCUGCCCAAGAACGUUAAGUGCAUCGAAUGGGCGCCGCAGCUCUCCAUAUUGUGUCACCCGAAUGUGCGGCUAUUUAUCACACACGGUGGAAUGCUAGGGUCUCAAGAGGCAGUUUAUUGCGGGGUACCGAUUCUCGGCAUACCCCUGUUUGGGGAUCAGCACUUGAACAUGGCCUACUUCGUGAAAAAGGGGCUGGCUGUGAAGCUGGAUUACCGUCAACUUUCAUACGAGCCAGUAUCGAACGCUUUGAACGAACUGCUCGUGAACAAGAGCUACAUAGACAUGGCACGAAAAGUUUCCGCGGAGUUCAGAGAUCGACUAGUACCACCCUUAGAGGAAGGAGUUUAUUGGGUAGAGUAUUUGAUACGUCAUGGAGCAAAUUCUUUGAAGACAGCAGCGACAGAUCUAACGUGGUAUCAAUAUUUAUUGCUGGACGUGAUAUUUAUUAUAAUAAUUUCACUUCGUUUAUUAAUUUUCACUAUUCUUCAAUUAUUUAAACUAAUAUUCCGUCGGACAAAGCUAACACUCGUAGACACGAAGAAGAAACAAUCCUAA